AUGUCCCUCGAUGAUCCUUCUGAAUUCGAUGGCGUCUUGCCCGUAAUCCCGAUCGACUCUCCCGCCCCGUACAAAGAUCCCAAAAGCAAUGCCGCGACCGGUGCCUCGGCGGCCGGCGCUCGUGCGUUUGCUGCGCAAGCCGUAGCAUUCUACUUUCGAGCACCUGUCAAGGCAUUCUUCCGCACGAGGGUGGACUAUCUGGCAUACGCCAGAUCCAUAAACCCGGACGUACAGAGCGGACGCUUCUCCUGGAGGAGCACGACACCGGGUCUGCUCGCCCAUGCGAUUCGGAACUAUGGCUGGCGGUUUAUCCCGGAACAGCUACUCCCACCACUCGCUGCGAAUGUCAUCGUCGGCGCCGCACUGUACACAUCAUAUCUCCAGGUUCUAGGGCGUCUGUACGAACCUGCCUCCCACGCCACGAAGACGGUGUACCCUCCUGCGCCGCCUGCGUAUACAUUUGCCGCCGGUUUUGCCGCGGGAAGCAUACAAUCCGUGCUUGCGGCGCCACUGGAUGCACUGCAAGUGCGCUUCGAACAGCGUGGAGAUGCAUACCAACACAAGACGAUGUGGCAGUACGGCAAGGGGAAAUUACAUGAGAUCGGACUGCGCGGGAUAUUUGCUGGAUGGGGCCUGAGUUUCCUCAAGGACAGUUUCGGCUCGGGCAUCUUCUUUUCGACGUUCGAAUACGUCAAGGCGCAGGGGUACUACAAUUUCGUGAGGUGGUAUUAUGGUGCGCUGGGAGACGUUGAUGUUGAGAAACUUGCGCAGAGGAGAGGCAGUGUGGCGACGCAAGCUCAACCUACUGCUGUUAUUCGGCCGCAUUAUGCCCUGGAACCGGCGUUUUUGAUGUUUGCUGGGAUGUCGGCGAGUGUGGCACAGCAAUUUAUGCUGUACCCUUUGUCUACGUUGCAGACGUUGCAUUAUGAGCGGCUGGAAGAUUUGGAUAAGAAGGCUGUGCAGUUGCACCGGGACGGUGGUGCGAGUAGGGGACGGAUGCUCCGCGCUUAUUAUCAUGCUUAUCAGACGACUUGGAAGGCGGCGAAGACGCAGGCUGUCGGCGUGGGGAUGCGGAAUUGGCUUUUCAGAGGGUUCUGGUGGUUCACUAUUCGACAGAUACCCAGUACGAGUGCGGGCUUGGUCAUGUUUGAGUUGAUCAGGAGGAAGUAUGGCCUCGCUGGGGGUGAGGUUAGGAUUACGAAGGAUGGGUAUGAUAUACUAUUGACUUGA